AUGUAUGUUGGGAUGUGCCAGCAGAAAGGAUGCUCAUUUGAACGGUCCGUUUGUUCCAGAAAGUUCUCGUUAGGUCAGCGAAGAGCGUUUCUUGGGGUUUGUGUUUGUACCACCAGUUUCUCCUCACAAUCACAGAAUUUCUAUAUGACAUUCACCAUCCCACAACCAGAUGUCCUCCUUCCGAAAGUUCUCGUUAGCUGUAGCACCCUUUCGGUGUCUAGCUGCCAUGCCACACGAAGGAGGCACGAGGGCUGGGAUACUGCCAGGUCGCCCAAGUCUAGACAGGGGAAGUCGAGUGGUAAAGGUCGGGUUCGAACCAUAGGCCUUCCGGUCAGUAAAUUGGCGCUCUAA